AUGAAGCAUUUUCUUGGUAAUCCUCAGCCACUUCGCCCCAAGCGCAAGCGACUUAGUCAUGCCUGCAAUUACUGCCGCUUGAAAAAGAUCAGAUGUGAUGAUGCGCAGCCUGGAUGUGGUGCUUGCCAGUCAGCAGGCAUUGACUGCAUCACGAAUACCAGACAGCAACCGGAUGAUCCGUCACUCUCACAAAGGACCGCGGAAAAAGAUGUGCUGGAGGAAAGUCAAGGUCAACAGUUCAACCCAAGGCUUUCCUCCCAAUCUCGAGAAAUCGACAUCUCACCGCGUGCAGGCACUUGUGGUACAAUACAGGGUGUGCCAAUCCUCCAGGAUCUAAGCAGGCUAUCACCCUUGAACUCAAAAUCUGCCAAUAAAGUAUCGUCUUUGAACGAACCGGAUGGUGAUGACUAUCUUCCUCUCAUUCCUUCAACCUUACCUGAAGCCGGCACAGCACGAAUCGCAACACAGUGGUUACGAAUCGCUUUCAACCGCCUGAAACUAUACCCACCACGCGACUGGAUUGAAUUUGAAAAAGAUGCUGUCUCUCAACGAAUCUCUCUUGAACCGUUUUUCGGAAAUCCUGGUCCGGCACUUCCAAAUGCAGAUGAGAUUCGCGCCCAUACUGCACGUUUCGUUGCCGAUGUUCUCGUUAUCUACCCUUUGAUCAGUACAAGUUUAGUACGUAGACUACUUGAUCAAAUUACUUGCAUUCCGUUGAAAAUUACCAGUGUUCGUGUGCAAGAUCCGUCUGUUUUGGCUUUCGGAUACUUGGUAAGCAUCGUCGGGAUGAAACUACAGCCGAAAUCGUCCCCGCAGCAGUUACUUAUUGAGAGGUACCUUGGUCAUUGUACCAGCCUGCUUGGUCAUCUCUUAGCAGAACGCUCUGUCACGUCUUUACAAAUGGUUCUCCUCUUAGCUAUUAUUCUUCGCGUGUGCGACCGGCUCGACUUGUCAUGGGAUGUGCUGAUGGUUGCUUUGACAAUGGCAAAAUCCUUGAAUUGCGAUCGAAAUUGUGCUUUACUUGUCACAGGAGAAGAGUCAGAGGCAAAACGGGCUUGGUGGUGCCUCUAUGCAUUUGAGAAAAUACUUGCUUUUGAGACUGGCCGGCAAACCACGAUUGUCGACCGUUAUCUCUCCACGAUAAAGCCGCAGUCCGAAAAGGAAAGAAAAGCUAUGACAGAGCCUUCAGCAUCCAUACAUAUCCAUAAAGAGGACUCGGCUGAGUAUAAAUAUGCUUUGAUCAGCCUGGUUAAUAUUUUAGGUGAAAUGACGAAGCGUUCUUCCCAAUGCUGGGGAUUGGAUGAACUUAAAGCUUGUCGACGGGAUGCCGCUAUUGCUAGGAUAUUCGAUACAGCUGGAGAAAUCGACAGUAUGCUCAUGGAUUGGCAGCACUUCCAACGAGCCAAUUUUCUGUAUGGAUUCUUACAUAUUGCUUCCUUAUUCCAGUCAACCCUGUAG